GAGCCAGAGGGGCCACCCGGAUCCUGCGGCACAUCCAGCGCAUCCCGAACAUCCCCGAGCUCCGCAGCCUCUCCCCGGGUCUCUGUCGCUGGGAGCGCGUAUCCAGAUCCACAUCUUCGCUCGAGCCGGAGUGGGAGAGGAGACACGCACACACACACACACAGAGCCACCAAAAAAAAAAAAAACCCACCCAAAAAAACCCCCCACACUUAGCGGAAACUUGUCAGAGAAUGCUCCUAAAGUCUGGUUUUCUCCUGCUGCUGGCGAUCAGUGCAUCCGCAUCCUACGAAGCCGAGCAGAAUGACUCUGUGAGCCCCAGGAAGCCCAGGGUGGCAGCCCAGAACUCAGCAGAGGUGGUUCGGUGCCUCAACGGGGCCCUCCAGGUGGGCUGCGGGGCCUUCGCCUGCCUGGAGAACUCCACGUGUGACACGGACGGGAUGUACGACAUCUGCAAGUCCUUCCUCUACAGCGCUGCUAAAUUCGACACUCAGGGAAAAGCUUUUGUGAAGGAAAGCCUGAAGUGCAUUGCCAACGGGGUGACGUCCAAGGUGUUCCUGGCCAUCCGCAGGUGCUCCACGUUCCAGAGGAUGAUCUCCGAGGUGCAGGAGGAGUGUUACAGCAAGCUGGACAUGUGUGGCAUCGCCAAACGGAACCCUGAGGCCAUCACAGAGGUCGUGCAGCUCCCAAACCAGUUCUCAAACAGAUACUACAACAAGCUGGUGAGGAGCCUGCUGGAGUGCGACGAGGAGACGGUGAGCACCAUCAAGGGCAGCCUGAUGGAGAAGAUCGGGCCCAACAUGGCCAGCCUCUUCCACCUGCUGCAGGCCGACCACUGCGCCCAGGGCCACCCCCGCGCCGACUUCUCCAGGAGGAGGCUCUCGGAGCCCCAGAAGCUCAAACUCUACUUCAGGAACCUGCGAGGUGAGGGCUCGGCCCCGGCCCACGGCAAGCGCGGCUCCUCCUCGGCCGAGAGCGCGUGAGGGGACGGCCGCCCCGGGGGCCCCGAGGGGAUGCCAAGCGCUGCUACCAAAGCUCCAGAGCAAAUGCCCCCAGCCCAAGCGUGCUGCAGCCAGGCUGAACAGCACCUGGGAAACCUGGGGUUAGGUUUAGUCGUUGAUAUUUUCUGUCCCCCAACCCCCCUUUCUGAACAAAACCUCUCCGCGUGGGUCGGCGUUCGGCGUCUCGGCUUCUCCCGCCAGCAAAACGUCUCUUUUUCUUCCCCCCCCCCAAAAAAAAUAAUUAUGUCCUAAAAGGUCUUAGUCUUAAGUGGUCAGGCCUUCAGACCCCAAAUCUAAACGUACUGUAGUGCUGAUGCCACUGGAGUCUGAGGAUCUGGCCCCCAGGAGAGGAGCUCGUCCCUCCUGCCCGAGCUUAGGGGACAAGAGAUGCACUAAAAACUCGUUGCACACCCCAAAAGGUGUCAGGGGAGUUCGUGUGAUGAAUCUGUGCUGGCCAUGGACGAAUAUGAAUGUCAUGUUCCUGGUCUCUUAGUGUCCUGCAGUCCUGAUCCUGCCAGCAGAGCUCUGGUAACCCCUGGAUUUCCCAAACCGGCUGGGGGGGGAGUUUGGUGCAAAAGGAGUUCAAGCCGCCCCCCCACGCCCCCCAAAAUCAGGAAAGGGACGUUUUGUACCCCAGACAUGAUUCAAAGAGCUGCCAGUCUGAGGCUAAAAGCUGGCCAGAAGGUUCCAUAAUCUUGCAUUGUAUUUAAAAGCUAACAUCUAUGUACUGUAUUUAACUGUCUAAAGCUUUAAAAGAAACCUAACAGAAACAAACCCUGUCUUAAGAGUAGAGUAUUAAAGGUCUUGCUCUAACUGUGGUAUAAAUAGUUUUAAAAUCUGUCAUGUACUGUACAUAAAGUCCACGAGAGUCUGCUUGAAAGGAGCAGAAUAUAAUAACUUUAUUGCCUAAACUUAGUUUUGUAAUUUAGCUCUUUCUUUUCUUAUUUUAUUAUUAUUUUUUUUCUUUUUUCCUGGAAACAGUAUCUCUGUCGUAUUUAAAGAGUUCACAUUCUACUCCGUGGCCUUUUUUAAUGGAAGAGGGGGAAAAAAUGGUUUAGGAUGGGAAUUGCAGGGCCAGAAAUGGCUAAAGUGGAGGGGGAAAAAAACCAAAUUAAAAGCAAGAGGAGUUGAGGCUGGCCAGUCCUGUCCCCCCAGAGCUGCUGUGAGACCCCCUCAGACCCCAGUGCUGCUGGGGGGGGCUCCUGUAGGAAUUAUCAGAUGCCUUGGGAAUUCCCUGGGAACACCAGUUGCUGGGAAAGGCAGGAAAAAUCCCAAAAUCCUCUGAAGCUUCAGCGGUGAAGCUGAGGACAGGGAUCCACACCUGGGAGCUGCCUUUCCCCCCAUCCUCCUCCUCCUCAGCAGGCUCUGGGAAGAGGAGCAGAGGGGCCCGUGCUGGGGGUCCCCCAAACCCGCUCCCAAAUCGCUCUGGGGGAGCCAAAAAAAUCAGGAUCAGCCAGGCCAGCUCCAAAUCCAUCCCCUCAGAGUCCCUCUGCAGGGUGGAUGGCUCUUCCUCAGCUACUUAGCCAGCUAAUAAAGGAGGGAUCUAUUUUCCUUUUCGAAACCUUAAAGCAAUAUAACUUUUUUUUCUUUCGUUUUGUUUUGGUUUCCUUUUAUUUUUUUUUUAAAUAAAUUAAAAAAAAAAAAAGACAAAAAAAAAAAAAACAAACCACGAAGCCUUUAAACAAUAACCUGCUGCUAAUAUGUGGAAACCAGAUGCAGUGGCAGCGUUUCUGAUGUUGCUGCCUUUGUUCAGUGUAGCCCCAAAGCGCUGUCAGAAAAUUGGAAGCAGCAAAAAAAAAAAAGGAAAAAAAAAAGAAAAAAAAGGUUGCUGACGCUCAAGGGUUAUUUUAAUUUUUUUAUUUUGAAGACUCUGAGUUGUAGGGCAAGGAAGAUGCAAUAUUGUUCCUUUUUCAGUCGGUCAGGGAUAGAGAGGCCAAGGAGAAGAAGUUUUGCAAGGUGAAAAAACCAAAGGCUCCUCGAAUAUCCCGCCCCUGAAAGUCGGGGGUUGAGCAGGAACUUUGACCCCAGGGUUGUGGGAUUCCCACCCCAGGGCAUCCCAGCCGGGAGACAGGGAAUUCUGCACCAAAUCCAUGGAAAUAGUUACAAAAAAGGUUCUUUACCUGGCUCGGGGCAGGGUCCAACCAACCCCCUGGGCUUCCCAAAGCCUCUCCCUGCCAGCCCCGCCCUUCCAUGGGAUGUUCCUCAUGGAAAAGUGGCUUCUCCAUUCCCAGGAAAGCCCAGAGAAGGAGGAUAAAGCUGAUUUGGGGCCGGGGAAGAGCGUGAGAUCCCCCCCAAGCUGAUCUUUUCUUGGGGUGGUCCCACCAAAAUUCCUCUUUCCCGGCAGCGCUUUAAACUCUUAAUUAAGGGUGCCCUUAAUAAAGGUGGGAAUUCAGCGGGAAAAUCCUCCCCCUCCCGGCUGGAUUUGCUGGGGUGCCACAGGAAACCACCCCUGUGCCCCCCAAACUCAGCUGGGUCCCACUGGCCGGGUUUUGGGGUUGAUUUGAGGCGGCACUUUUGUCCCCCCGAGCAGGUCUGGGGGUCACCUGGCCCUAACUAAGCCGGGCUCAAAGUCCCUCCUAACCAGGGCAGGUGGGACAGGAGCUUCCCAUGCCCUGGGAAAUUUUGGGAUGAGGUGGGAGAGCCCCCCCCGGGAUGGAUUUUCCAUCCCAAGUCUGGCGAUUUCACUGGUUAAUCUUUAUUUUUUUUUAAUUUUCACGGCAAAAGUGAUUUUGGUUUUUUUUCUUCUCUCGGGGGGCAGGGGAGGGGCUUCUCUAGAAACGUUUUGCAUGAGUCUCCUCGUGAUUUGUUUGCACUUUAGAACGUUUUGUGCCAUUAAUAAAUUUGCAUUUUAUUGUAUUUAUAAUUUAAAGAUGCCUAGAAGGGAGUGAGAGAGACUUUGGGGUUUUUUUUUUCGUUUUGGGGUUUUUUUUUUGUUUGGUUUUGUUCUGUUUUUUUUGCUGAGUACUGGAAUAAACAGUGAGCAUAUCUGGUAUAUGUCAUUAUUUAUUGUUUAAAUUACAUUUUUAAAGCUCAGUGUGUUCAUAUAAGAGGUUAUUUGAAACAUAUCAUAGUAACGAGAGAGAUGCAAGUUAUUUUCUUUGCUUAUUUUUAUAAUUAAAGAUGCGUAACAUAAUGAGGCCUAUGUUGGAUUUUUCUUCUGCAACGAAAUAAAAUGUCAAAUUUAAGGG